AUGGCUCUUCACCAUGGCCGCUCUCUUAGCUUCCCCUCUUCGUCACAUCCUGCCCUUUCUCACUUCGAUGAGAACAUAUCCAGAUUGAGAUCUUCGGAGGCUGCUUGCUCCUCGCUCUCAUCAAUCAGCGCCACAAUAAACGGCCUCAAAAACUUAUACGAGAGCAUUGAUGAUUUGCUUCUUUUGCCUCACAUUCAACAGAUCGUUUCUGAGGAAUGUGUCGAUGAUUACAUAAACCUAUUGGAUGCUUGCAGCUCAGUUAAGGAUAUCAUCUCACUUUCCAAGCAAAAUUUAAGAGAGCUUCUCUCUGCUAUAAGGAGAAAGGAUGUUCGAGGCAUCAACAGCUACCUUGCUUCCAGAAGAAACUCGAAGAAAAUGAUCCAAAAGUGUUUGAAGAAGCAGAGACGUAGCAGCGCCUCAGCUACUUCUGAGAAUGCUUCUAUGUUGAAAGAUGCAGAGUCCGUUGCCAUUUCCCUGCUCGGGUCUCUCUUGUCCUACACGUUGGGAACGAAGAUGCAAGAAAGGAAGAGCAGCUGGUCUUUGGUACCAAAGCUGAUGCAUUCCAAGAAAGCAUCAGAUGGCGAGAAUGAGUUCAACAAGGUGGAAUCAUUGUUGCAAGUGAAUCAAGAAAACGAGCUCGUGAAUCACAUAAAAGAGAUGGACUCAAGCAUUCAAGUUGUUGAAGAAGAACUUGAAUCUAUCUUUAGACAGUUGAUCAAAACCAGAGUUUCCCUUCUCAACAUUCUCAACCACUAA